UGACAGUCAUCUGUCUGGACGCGCUGGGUGGAUGCGGGGGGCUCCUGGGAACUGGGUUGGAGCCGAGCGAGCGCUAGCCAGUCGUAAGCGCGCACACACUGCAGCCGCCCGAGGACCCCUCCCAGCCGCCCCCACAGCCCACGCGGAGACCCCAGCGUCCAGUGGCCUCCGGAUCCCCGGCGGUCCGAGGGAGGGUUGGAGGUUGGCACGACUCUGCGCCCCCCACGGGAAAGAAGCACUCCCCCAUAUUAAAAAGAGCUGAGAGGAAAAAAGUGUUUUAUCGCCGGCCGGGAGGCGAACCAAUGCCCAGCUGCACAGCGUCCACCAUGCCCGGGAUGAUCUGCAAGAACCCAGACCUCGAGUUCGACUCUCUGCAGCCCUGCUUCUAUCCGGACGAAGACGACUUCUACUUCGGCGGUCCGGACUCGACUCCCCCGGGGGAGGACAUCUGGAAGAAGUUUGAGCUGCUGCCCACGCCUCCGUUGUCGCCCAGCCGCGCCUUCCCGGAGCACAGCCCCGAGCCCUCGAACUGGGCUACGGAGAUGCUGCUGCCCGAAGCCGACCUGUGGGGCAACCCGGCCGAGGAGGAUGCGUUCGGCCUGGGGGGACUGGGUGGUCUCACCCCCAACCCGGUCAUCCUCCAGGACUGUAUGUGGAGCGGCUUCUCCGCCCGUGAGAAGCUGGAGCGUGCGGUGAGCGAGAAGCUGCAGCACGGCCGCGGGCCUCCGACUGCCAGCCCCACCGCCCCGGCCCAGGGAGCGGGUAGCACCGGCCCUGGGGGCCGUGUGCACGGUGGGGCCGCGGGUGUUGGCCGUGCAGUGGCCGCCUUGCCCACCGAGCUCCCCCACCCGGCCGCCGAAUGCGUGGACCCCGCAGUGGUCUUCCCUUUCCCGGUGAACAAGCGCGAGCCCGCGCCGGUGCCCACGGCCCCCACCAAUGUCCCUGCGGCCAGCGUCGUGGUUACCAGUGUCGCCGCCCCGGCUGCUGUCCCGGCGGCCGCUCCUCCGCGCGCAGGCGGCCGUCCGUCCAGCGGUGGUGACCACAAGGCUCUCAGCACCUCCGGAGAGGACACCCUGAGCGACUCAGAUGAUGAGGAUGACGAAGAGGAAGACGAAGAAGAGGAAAUAGACGUUGUCACCGUGGAAAAGCGGCGGUCCUCCUCUAACAAUAAGGCUGUCACCACAUUCACCAUCACCGUGCGCCCCAAGACUGCGGCGCUGGGCCUGGGGCGUGCACAGUCUGGAGAGCUGAUCCUUAAGCGUUGCGUCCCUAUCCACCAGCAACACAACUAUGCUGCGCCCUCUCCCUACGUGGAAAGCGAGGAUGCGCCCCCGCAGAAGAAGAUCAAGAGCGAGACUUCUCCACGACCCCUCAAGAACGUGGUCCCCGCAAAGGCCAAGAGCUUGAGUCCCCGAAAUUCAGACUCGGAGGACAGCGAGCGACGCCGCAACCACAAUAUCCUGGAGCGCCAGCGCCGCAAUGACCUGCGCUCCAGCUUCCUGACGCUCAGGGACCAUGUGCCCGAGCUGGUGAAGAACGAGAAGGCCGCCAAGGUGGUCAUCUUAAAAAAGGCCACCGAGUACGUCCACGCCCUGCAGGCCAACGAGCACCAGCUCCUCCUGGAAAAGGAGAAAUUGCAGGCAAGACAGCAGCAGUUGCUAAAGAAGAUCGAACACGCUCGGACUUGCUAAACAUUUCUCAAACGGACAGUCGCUGCCACUUUGCACAUUUUGAUUUUUUUUUUUUUUUAAGCGAACAAACAUUGUGUUGACAUUAAGAAUGUUGGUUUACUUUCAAAUCGGUCCCCUGUUUGGAUCUAGGGAGGGGCAGGACGUGGGGUUCUGCCGGGAUUUUGGACAAGACUGGGUUAUGGGAUGCUAAGGUGGCUUGUUUCUUCCUCCACCUUACCUGGUGACAGCCAUGGACAGUUGGGAGGCUGUCGAAGUCACCUUGUUCCGGUCCAAGUUUCCAAGCAAACAGUCAUUCCUUCUUUUUACAAUGGUGCUUAAGUUCCAGCAGAUGUCACAGAGGGGUUUGCUGUUUGAUGCCCCUGGGAACACUUCUGUAAAUACCAUUACCACAUCCGCCUUUUGUAUACGUCCUGGGUAAAGAGAGGUGGCUCUUGUGGCCAGUAUUAGACUGGAAGUUCACAUCUAAGUACUGUAAGAAUACCUCAAUGUUUGAGGAGCAUGUUUUGUAUACAAAUAUAUUGUUAAUCUCUGUUAUGUACUGAACUAAUUCUUACACUGCCUGUAUACUUUAGUAUGAUGCUGAUACAUAACUAAAUUUGAUACUUAUAUUUUCGUAUGAAAAUGAGUUGUGAAAGUUUUGAGUAGAUAUUACUUUAUCACUUUUUGAACUAAGAAACUUUUGUAAAGAAAUUUUACUAUAUAUAUAUUCCUUUUUCCUAGCCUGUUUCUUCCUGUUAAUGUAUUUGUUCAUGUUUGGUGCAUAGAACUGGGUAAAAUGGCAAAGUUCUGUGUUUAAUUUCUUCAAAAUGUAUAUAUUUAGUGCUGCAUCUUAUAGCACUUUGAAAUACCUCAUGUUUAUGAAAAUAAAUAGCAAUUAAAUGAUGCA